CUAAGCAGGUAUUAGAGGAUGAUCUUUUCACAGAGGCAACCAUCAGGGAUAAUACGGCAAUGAAGGAGAAGGUUUUUGUCGAUUUGUGGAAUGCGGAGUCUCAGUUCCAUUCUGAUCUAGUCCAGGUGGCGUCGGGUGGGGUUGGAUUAUCGGAGCCAGACUCUGAUGACGAUGAUGGCGUCAUUCUCACUGAGGAGGAGAGGAAUUUUCACGCCAUGUACGUCGCCGAGUCCAAUGCACAGAUGGCUGUAGGAAUGGCUAAGGAUAAGGGUCCGGCGGAAGUUUCGUCUUCACGUCAUGAUGGUGGCAGCGAAGUUGGCGAGGAUCCUGAGAAGACGGAGGACGAGUUAUCAGCUGAGCAACCUGUGCUUGAGAGAAAUGCUGAAGGGAACGAAGGACAUGACGAAGACGAAGACGAUCAGUUCACUGACUACGACGGUGGUGACGGUGACGAACAGGGAGUCGGGGACGGCGAGGAAGGGGUGGAAGACGAGGACGGAGGGGGCGACGACGACAGUGGGGAUGAGGAGGAAGACGGUGACGACCAUCGUGGGCUCAAAGAUGACGAUGACGACGAGGGAACUGGGGUUCGGGGGGCGGAGGACGAAGACAGCUACGAAGCGGGGAGCGAAGGGGAAGAGUACGAAGCCAAUGAACACGGAGUGUCUGUCAAUGAGUCUCACAAAUGCGCCGACAGUCAGAGGCUUCGCUCUGGAGACGAGGACGUCCUCAACACACAGAGAUCAGUAUGCUCGCGAAAGAGAAAAUCGAGAGCUAGCGGUGAUGAGGAGCAGAGGCGAAGACAGUCGAAGUUGAUAGGUUUGGCAGCUUCGGAGGAGGCGUAUAAGAAGGCAUUGGACGCACAGUCGGCGAAGCCGGCGAAGGAAAAGCGCGAGCGACCACGCUCUUCCCAACGACAAAAGAAGAAAGCGAAGACAGACGGUGGAAAGGAAGUUGCAGACUCCGGGGACGAGGCGGUCAAGCUGUGUAUCUUUUUAAAGCAGAACGGGGGAAUGUAACUCCCGUUGAAUCCCGUUAAACUCUAAAAAAUCCCGUUGAAUUCGCGUUAAACGUGAAAAU